AUGGCAGAUUCAGCCGCCGAACCAACCGUUCGGGCAGCACUCUCUGCACUUGACAAGGCGACUCAAUACUCAGUAGACCAAAUGAAAGAAGGUACCCACUGGUGCGGUGAGCUCCGUUCCAACCCAACAGUCACAGCCGAAUACGUCUUUCUUCAACAAGCCCUCGGGCUGUCAAUAGCCGAACAAGCAGCACAGCCACUUAUCCAAUGGCUUCUAUCACAGCAAAACCCAGAUGGAUCGUGGGGUAUUGCGCCCAACUACCCCGGCGAUGUCUCGACCUCCACAGAAGCAUACUUUGCGCUCAAAAUCCUGCAAUUCCCAGCACACCACACGGUCAUGCAGAACGCUCGCGAGUAUAUCCGGAGUGUUGGAGGCGUGGCCAAGGUCCGCAUCUUUACUCGGUUCUAUUUAGCCAUGUUUGGGUUAUUCCCCUGGGAGGCUGUGCCUGAGUUGCCGGCUGAGCUUAUACUCAUGCCUGACUGGGCUCCGAUUAAUAUAUAUAGGUUUUCAUCGUGGGCGCGGAGCACCAUCGUACCGCUUUUGAUUGUCUCGCAUCAUCGUCCGGUUUACAGUCUUCCGCCCCUGGGUAGCAGAGGGGACCCCGCUGCUAGCACCUUCUUGGAUGAGUUAUGGCUGGAUCCGAGUAUUAAGAUGGUUCCUUACCAGCAGCAGCCUGCUUCCAGUAACAGUAGCGGGGGAUCUGAUCGUUUGGCAACGGUGUUCCUUGUUAUUGACCGGAUUCUGCAUUCUUUGGAUGGGCUUAGGUUUUUGCCCUUCAUCAGGGGUUACAGUCGUCGCAGCUGUAUCAGCUGGAUUCUCGAACACCAGGAAGAUUCCGGAGACUGGGCUGGCAUAUUCCCGCCUAUGCAUCUGGGCUUACUAGCCCUGACACUCGAGGGCUUUAAGAUCACAGAUCCCCGGGUCGUCAAGGGCCUGGAGGCUGUAGAGAGAUUUUCAUGGGAGGACCACCAAGGCCGCCGCAUUCAAGCCUGCGUCUCCCCGACAUGGGACACAAUUCUUAUGUCCAUCGCCUUGUGCGACGCCUCCCUCACCUCCUUCCCUUCCUCCUCACACACUGAAAACUGCAGAAAGCUUCAAAGCGCAAUCGACUGGAUCCGAAAUCGCCAACUUGUCACCCAACCCUACGGGGACUGGAGAGUCUAUAGCGCCAACAAAGCCGCACAAGGAGGAGGCUUCAGCUUCGAAUACUUCAACACCUGGUAUCCGGAUGUCGACGACACCGCGGCAGCUAUCAUUGCGUUUCUUAAGCAUGGAUCAUCAUCAUCAUCAUCCCUCGACAAGACCCACUAUUCCGUCACCCGCGCGGUGCAUUGGAUUCUAGGCAUGCAGAACAAAGACGGCGGCUGGGGCGCAUUCGAUAUCAAUAACGAUGCACUCUUCCUAAACAAAAUCCCCUUUAGCGAUAUGGACAGUCUGUGCGAUCCCUCCUCGGCUGAUGUGACGGGCCGCGUGCUCGAAGCAUUCGGUCUGUUAGUUUUUCAGAGCCCUGAUAGUGCAUGUGCACGUAUCAGCUCAGAAUUCUUGUCUCAAAUUCUGAGAGCCUCGGAUCGCGCAAUUGAAUACCUUGCUCGAAAUCAGGAGUCGAAUGGGUCGUGGUAUGGCCGGUGGGGAUGUAAUUAUAUCUACGGUACAAGUAAUGUGCUAUGCGGCUUGGCUUAUUUUGUUAAGCAGGACACCAACAGUAACAUUAACAGCAUAUAUAUUCCGGCUCUUACAACCCCUGCAGUGCAGUGGAUCAUGUCCAUCCAGAACCGGGACGGUGGCUGGGGUGAAAGUCUAGAGAGUUAUCGGUAUCCGUCAAGCGAUCGGCUUGAAAUCGAUCAUCAUCUUUCCACCGCAUCACAGACGGCGUGGGCUGUCAUGGCGUUGUUACCGUAUUUCAAUUUGGCACCAGAUGUUGGCACUGCCAUUGAACACGGGGUCGGUUAUCUCAUCAAGACACAAACGAAACAGGAACAGGAAGGCAGAGAUAGUGGAUCUGGAGCCGCGACGUGGGAGGAGACGACGUAUACUGGGACGGGGUUUCCCAAUUUUUUUUAUAUUGGAUAUGCAUUUUAUCCACAUUAUUUUCCGAUGAUGGCGCUGGGGAGGUAUGUGCGCUUGGCUAGUGGGUUGAGGACUACUAGCGGGGUUGCAUCAGGGAAAAAAUGCGAUGUUCUGGCAUAG